UUAUUUAAGUGUUGCUGACGAGACGUUGAUGAAGCUUCGUAUUAACCGAAUCACAAAAAUAGAACAAGUAGACGGACAUUUCAACCAAAAUGUCAAAAUUACAGUUGUUGCAAGCGUUUCUCUCCGAUCGAUUAACAACAAUGGCUGUAGAGAUAUCCGUGGUAGUGGAAAAGGCGUUUGCAGAGUACCAGGAUGAGAUGUCACGUUCAAAGGAGGAGAAUCAACGCCUGCAGAGGCUGCUGGAUUCGGUUUUUAAUCCCGAUCUGAAAUUACAUAAAGCAGACCCCCUGCAGCUCACUCUCACUGUCUCUGAAGACGAGGUUCCCUCUGACCAGCAGCACUCUGAGCAGGUUUGGAGUGAUCAAGAGGACACAGAGUUCUUCAUUCCCUGUGUGGAAAGUGACAGUGAUCAGGGCUCACACCAAACUGGGAAAAACAGCAAGAGGGACUCCCUAUCCACAAUUGCAGCAGAACAGAUCCAAACAAAACCUGAUGAAGAGGAUGACGGAAUAUCAGAAUCAACCAGUUAUGCUCCCCUCACACAGUUAAAGCCUCUAAAAAUCAAGAGGACACAGUUAAAGAAAGGACAAAGCUCUUACAUCUGCGCUGAGGUCAAGACAACCAGUGAGCUGAUUGAGCCAUUGAGGGAUCACACAAGGAAGAGGUCCUACAGUUGUACUGAAUGCACAGCAACCUAUGACAGACCAUGCCAUUUGAAAACGCACAAGAGAACUCACACAGGUGAGAAACCAUUUGAGUGCAAAGACUGUGGUAAAUGCUUUAACCGCAAGUAUUGCCUGCACGUGCAUAUGUUAACACACACACGGGAGAAACCAUACUGCUGCCAUUAUUGUGGUAAAUGCUUCGCUCUAAACACAAGACUAAUAGAUCAUCUGAGGAUACACACAGGGGAGAAACCUUACAAGUGCCCUUUCUGUGCCAGAUGCUUUACAUUUCUAUCUCACUUAAGUCGUCACAAGAAGCUCCAUACAGGAGAGAGGCCAUUUCAAUGCAAUGUAUGUGGGAAAUGCUACACGCGGAAGGAGCACCUGACAGACCAUAUGAGAUCCCACACUGGAACAAAACCAUACAGCUGUAAGCAAUGUGGCAAAUGCUACAAACUGCAGGGAAACCUGAGAUCGCAUUUGGCGAGUCACACAGGGGGGAAAUCAUGCAAGUGCCCUGUGUGUGGACUAGGUGUUAUAAAUCUUAAUCGCCACAUGCAAGUUCAUGCAGGUGAGAAACCGCAUCAAUGCCAAGAUUGUGGGAAGUGCUUUAACCGAAAGGAAAAACUGACAGAGCACUUAAGGACUCAUACAGGAGAGAAACCGUAUCGAUGUCAUGAAUGUGGUGAAUGCUUUAGGCUCAAUGUAACCCUGAAGAAACACAUGAUGACGCACACUGCUGCGGCAAGUACUUCUCCAUGAAAGAAGAUUGGAGAACUCAAGAGGACACACACAGGGACAAAUCUGUUCACUGCUCAGUGCAUUGCAUGUUUCAGCAAUAUUGUUUAGAUUUGAAUUUGAACAAUGUUUCAGUCAGAAAGGGUACAAAAGCUGAAAAACAUACGCAUAUCCAGUCAGAAGGGUACCUUGAACUGUGACAUGCGGUUUUAAACGGGAUAGAAACUGUAUAGGUGCAAUGAUUCUGGUCAAUGCCCUAAUAAAAAGGCAUGCUUGAAAAAAACCAAAAUAAAAACAUUUGCUGUGUAUUUUUUAUGCAUUUGAAGAACACAACACCACAGUAUGUGCAAGAAGAUCAAUAUUGAAAGAGGUUUGUGUGGUGCAAAUGAACAGUAUAUGUCAAAUAAAGAGGAGACCUCAUAGCUAUUAUGAUUUUAAAUGAUUUAUACUGACAAAAUAUAAACGCAACAUGUUUCAUGAGCUGGAAAAAAGAUCCCUGAAUUUUUCCAUACACACACAAAGCUUAUUUCUCUCAAAUGCUGUGCACACAUUUAUUUACAUCCCUGUUAGUGAGCAUUUCUCCUUUGCCUAGGUAGUCCCUCCACUUGAUAGUUGUGGCAUAUCAAGAAGCUGACUAACAGGAUGGUCAUUACAUGUGUGCAGCUUGUGCUGGGGACAAAAGGCCACACUAAAAUGUGCAGUCACACAACACAAUAACGCAGAUGUCUCAAGUUUUGAGGGAGCGUGCAAUUGGCAUUCUGACUGCAGGAAUGUCCACCAGAGUUGUUGCCAGAGUAUUGAAUGUUUAUUUCUCUCCUAUAAGCUGCCUCCAACGUAAUUUUUGAGAGUUUAGCAGGAAGUCCAACCGGCCUCAUAACCACAGACCACGUGUAACCAUGCCAGCCCAGGACCUCCACAUCCGGCUUCUUCCCCUGCGGGAUCUUCUGAGACAAGCCACCCAGACAGCUGUUCAAACAGAAGUAUUUUGUUCUGUAAUAAAGCCCUUUUGUGGGGGAAAACUAAUUCUGAUUGGCUGGGCCUGGAAUCCAAAUGGGUGGGCCUCUGCCCAACCAUGGUUACCCAUUCAUAUGAAAUCCAUAGAUUAGGGCCUAAUUAAUUUCUUAUAUGAACUGUAAAUCAGUAAAAUUGUUGCAUGUUGCGUUUAUAUUUUUGUAAAGUAUAUUAUUUCAUAAUUUCUUGUUAACAAUAUUAAUCUUAGAUCUUCACCACCAGUUAUACUGUAAAUGCUUAUGCAAACACUGUUGCCUUCCAUAGGCUUUCCCCCAUUUGGAGACCAGACCUUUUUUCUUUUUUUAAUAUGCGUUUUGAGUUGCAGUGACCUUUUUAUUUAAUAUAUUUUGUGUGCCCCAUUCUAAUUUAGUAUGAUUUCUUUGGCAGUGACCUUUUAUUUAAUAUAUUUUGUAUUCCUUCAUUUUCGUACAAAAGCUGAAGAAAAUACACACAUCACAUGCUGGUUUUUUUGCAGGUGCUGGAGUUAUAGGGGAACUUCCUCAUGCGCCCAGAUUAUUUUAUUGUUACAACGGAUGGAUGCCUGAUGAGACCUAAGGGUCAAAAUGUUAUAACUUCAAAAUCAUCUGGGAGCAUGAACAGCAGUGUGCGCCAUUUUGCUUUUAUUUUUCACCUCAUUCUAAUUUUACACGAUCUAUGGCUUGCUGUGUUUCUCCCUUGUGUUUUCUAAUUGUGUCAUUGCAGACUCCUCCCCCUUGGCUGUGCUCCUUGGAGAUGGGAGUUGGCCCAGGCAUGCCACAACUGGGCCUGAUUUGAUUUAAAGAGCUCCCACAAAAAGGAGCUUUCAGCCCCAGUCUAGGCCUGCUGCUGGAGGGAGAAGACACCCAGUCAGCAUAGAUACCAGGAGCCAGAGGGGGACCAGAGUCGACAACGCUCUCUACCACACAGAUAAAUGGCAAUCGAUCCCUCUAAGCAGGUGAGGGUGAGGUCAAAUACUUCGAAUCAGAAUGGAUCCCUCCCUCAUCCAUCUUUUUCUCUCUCCCUCUGGCUACCACUGCUGUUCCGUGGGCUGGGUGCCCACAAUGGAUGACGGCGCAUGACUACCGACAACGAACAAGCGUUGGAAUGGUGGUGGCCAUCUUGAGGACCUCCAGCAGCAUGGAUUGUAUCUCUGUAUUUUCAGGUUCCAUUGAGUAUAAUUUUUUAUUUUAUAAGACCUUUUUCAUGCCAUUUGAAAUGAAAUUGAAUACCAAUUUUGAGGUCUGCGUUCCCCACAAACCUGAUAUUCCAAUAUUUUUUUCACGCCGUCACCAAUAGAAAAAAAUGAGUAGGCUAAAUCACCUAAUAUAGAAAGGACAAACAUCAUGGACUCCACCUUAAACUUAAAUCGGGUGCUGGAUCCUCGUGUGUGUGUGUGUGUAUAAGAUCAGAAAUAGGUCAAUAAACUUACAUUUGUAUUGCCGCACAAACGUUCGGUACGAGCCCGUGAAACAUUUGCAUAAUUGGGCACAACCGGCAAUCCCAAAGCAGUUCCUUGAACCUGAAGAAACGUUUGAAGACCAUUAUCUUCAGGUUCAAGGAACUGCUAUGGGAUUGUCAGUUGUGCCCAAUUAUGCAAUUGUAUUUAUGGGCUCGUACCGAAUGGGGAAAUUUGAGUUGGACAUCUUUUAUACGGUAAUAAUCUCCUAUUAUAAGUUAAUCAAAGUGUUUUAUGAAAUCGAUAACAUCUUUUUUUCAUUUGGUCAGGUAAUGAUCUUAAAUUGGAGGAUUUUUUUUACAUACAUGAAUUCAUUAAUGCCAUCCAUUAAAUUAUGUUAGUAUCCGAUAAAGAACAUGUUUCCUUUUUGGAAAGAUGGCAAUUGCUUGCACACUGAGGUGUAUAGAAAAGAACCGGAUUGAAAUACCUUUCUUCAUUUCAACAGUUAUCAUACAUUAUUUUUUUUUUUACCAUAGCCAAGUCCUUUCGCAUUAGGCACAUUUGUUUCUCAUUCAAUGUACAUGCCAAAGAUUUCUGUGAAUGAUUCUAAACAAGAGGGAAUAAAGAGUCAUUAUUGGAAAAUUGCCUUUAGAGAGUAAGACAAGCGGAAUGCAUUAUUGCAACCACAUCAAAGGAAUCCCUCUCCUCUCUCAGCAACUUUGGUGUUGUCACGGCUGUUGAAGGAAGAGGACCAAGGUGCAGCAUGGUGAGCGUAUAUUUUCUUUUUAUUAUAAAAAUGAUGCCGAACAAAACAAUAAACACUACAAAAACAAACCGUGAAGCUAAAGGCUAAGUGCCCUAAACAAAGUCCACUUCCCACAAAGACAGGUGGGAAAAAGGGCUACCUAAGUAUGGUUCUCAAUCAGAGACAACAAUAGACCGCUGUCCCUGAUGGAGAACCCUACCUGGCCAAAACAUAGAAAUACAAAUAAUAGAAUAUAGAAUACCCACCCCAACUCACACCCUGACCAAACCAAAAUAGAGACAUAAACAGGAUCUCUAAGAUCAGGGCGUGACAGGUGUCCACCUACAGUUCUAUUUCAAGGUCGAUCAAGGAGGUGGUUAAUUGACAUUGGCACAUAUCACACAGUUACCCCAGCUUUGGUAAAGCGUCUGUAUCCCCUCUGAGGUUUUGCUAUAAGAGACCCUCAAAUUUAAGGGAUUGUUUAGUUGACUGAUAUUGGCCUAAGGAAAAAAGCAUCACAUUUUAUGUGUAUCGUUCCUGAUCGCAGUUUCCCUUGUCACGACUGUGUCCACUGUUAUGCCGUGAUCAGAGGGAACUUUCUUAUCCAUCCCCAACCGGGUGAGAGGAUCAAGGUUUGAGGUAGAAUAACAUGUAACACAAAAUAUGUUGUAUAUCUCCUUAAGUGUUCCUGUCACUUUUAUUAUGUGGAUAAGACCAAAUGUGGAGUUACGACAAGGAUAUGUGAGCAUAAGAGCUCCUUUCGCAACCACGAGGAAAAAUCACCUGUUGUGAGGCAUUUCAAGAGCCAUAAUCAUGAACUAAGUGCCUUACUUUAUAUGGGUAUUGAAUUGGUGAAGGUGCCAUAUAGGGGAGGAUAUGGAGAUAAAUGACUUCUCCAAAGAGAGAUACGGUACAUUCGGAAAGUAUUCAGACCCCUUGACUUUUUCCACAUUUUGUUACAUUACAGCCUUAUUCUAAAAUGUAUAAAAUAGUAGUUUCCCCCUCAUCAAUCUAUACACAAUACCCCAUAAUGACAAAUCAAACACAGGGUUUUAUACAUUUUUCACAAACUUUACUCUGUACCUUGUUGAAGCACCUUUGGCAGCGAUUACAGCCUCGAGUCUUCUUGGGUAUGACGCUACAAGCUUAGCACACCUGUAUUUGGGGAGUUUCUCCCAUUCCUAUCUGCAUAUCCUCUCAAUCUCUGUCAGGUUGGAUGGGGAGCAUUGCUGCACAUGUAACAGAUGUAAAUCGUACUCGCCUUGCAUUGUGUUUUGUCCAAAUAAAUCAUCCCAGCCAGUGGUCCCAGUUGAGCAUUAUUUAUUUCUGUUGUUAAAUAGGAAACAGUACGUUAGUUGUGCAGGGCUUAACGAUGUUGAUGGCUGUCGAUGGUAAAAACUGUAGCAUGAAAACAACUGUUAGCAGUGGGUAUAUGUGACCAUUACAUCGGUGUAUGCUAGCUAACACACUUAUUUACAGCAAUCAUAUGCCAAAGCACAUCCCAGAAAGACCCUCAAUCCCUAAUAGGUACCAUAUACCCACACAUAUAUAAAUCAGUAAUGUACAGCAAACUUGUACACAUUGUAAAAUAGAAAACAGUAUUCAGAACGUGAUCUACCCCUUGCAUCACAUUUUCAUACUAGGGAGACCUAACAUUCGCGAUUUCCCCCUAUCUGCAUGCGGGGCCACUCACCACACGCCUUGUUGUCAUCAGAGUUGAACCAACCAAUAAGAAUGCUUGAACAUUGAAUACACCUUUCUUUAGAGGUAAGUGGAAACAUAACCACCCCUGUUACAAACAGCUCUUUUCAUGUCUCUCCAGAGAUGUUUGAUCGGGUUCAAAUUCAGGCUCUGGCUGGGCCAGCUCUAGGAUGAGUCUUGGUGGUUCCGAACUUCUUCCAUUUAAGAAUGAUGGAGGCCACUAUGUUCUUGGGGACCUUCAAUGCUGCAGACAUUUUUUGGUACCCGUCCCCAAAUCUGUGCCUCGACACAAUCCUGUCUCAGAGCUCUACGGUUUUUGCUCUGAAAUGCCAGCUGUGGAACUUUUUCUAGACAAGUGUGUGCCUUUCCAAAUCAUGUCCAAUCAAUUGAAUUUACCACAGGUGGACUUCAAUCAAGUUGUAGAAACAUUUCAAAGAUGAUCAAUGCAAACAGGAUGCACCUGAGCUAAAUUUCGAGUCUCGUAGCAAAGGGUCUGAAUACUUAUGUAAAUACGUUUUUUUUUUUUUUUUUUACAGUUCCAAAAAACUGUUUUUGCUUAGUCAUUAUGGGGUAUUGUGUGUAGAUUACUGAGGAUUUGUUUUUAUUUAAUCAAAUUUAGAAUAAGGCUGUUAAGUAAUGUUAUUUUGAAAAAGUCAAGGGGUCUGAAUACUUUCCGAAGGAUAGACUGCUUGGGCACUCUUGCCCCAGCCUUACUGAUGAAUUUUCUUGUUUUUUUUGUAGUAGAUUUUUUGUAGUAGGUUAUAAGUAGGCCAAACAUUUAGGUAAUGACAUAAUCAUGUAUUUGUAUUGUGUGUAUAUCUUUUUAAUUGAUUUUCAUGUGUCCCCCCCCCCCCCCAACUCCCUCUCCUGGGAUCUCUUGAUUUGGGCGAAUACUGGUAUUCUUGUUGUGACAUUGAUUGCCAUUGCCUUGCACACUGAAGAAGGGCUCAUAUCAGAACGUUCGUGCAGCAAUAAACAUUUAAAUGUAGGUUUAUUUACCUGAGUGCUGUCCUAUUUAUGUUCUUUUGACUAAUAUCAUAGACUAAUAUUUGGUGCAAAUUCACCAGUUGGAGAAGUGGAAACUCAAAACACAUUAGCUAGAUCCCUACCUCCUAAAUAUAAUUUUCACUUGCAGUAGCAAUGUUUGAAUCUAACAGUAAAGUAAUGACUAAUGUCCUAAAAUAACGUUGCUACCAUAGCCUAAUACCCAAUGAGGCCGUUGUAAUCAGGUGGCCGACGCACUUGCAAUGGCCAAUGCUCAAAUCCAUAUCAAUAUCUCGGUUGUAAAAUAGACAGCUGAGAAAUAAAAAAGAUUACACCUGCACAAAGGUGAGAACAUACUCUCUUCAACUGUGACAAGUAUUACUAAGGAUAUAUGUGUUUUUCUUAAAGCUAGGAUCAGAACACGUUUGUUUUCUACAGGAGCGCAGUGGGAAAGGGUGCAAAAAGUGGCUCGCUCAUUAUCACUGCAGCAGGCCCAAGUGAAACAGGAAAUGGGCAGGGCAGACACUUCCAUUAGAGGAAUUAUGAAUCUUUUGCUUUACUGUUUGACCAAAUAAUUGAAUAGCUAAAUAGUUGACUAGCUAGCUAACGAGUGCGCUAAAUAGCCAAGCUACAAGCAAUGUUUCGAAUUGGCUAUCUAUUUUGUAGCCUACCUUACUGUCUGCUCACUCAUCUGUCAUCAUCUGACUUGCAGUGACACAUGCACACACAGAGUCGUAAGCGACAUGUGGAGCGCUCUAGCAUCUUGAAAAUGCGCCUCGGUAGGAGUAGGCUGUCAUUUGAUGUAAAGACAUUUUGUACAGAUUUUUGCCUUGGUGGCAACCAUUAAGCGGCUGCGAAAACACUGUCGCAUUUUUUAAGACUUAGGACCUGCGGACACCUUGUGAACUGAGUGUAUGGUUGGUGUAAUGUGUGUGUGUGUGUGUGUGUGUGUGUGUGUGUGAACCCAAGAUGAUUGUGAAAUAAAACUUAAAAACGUUAACCAUUAUAACCUUGCUUUUUUUUUAAACGGGUGUUUUCGGUAAAUAAAAACUGUUUACAAAAUAAAAUUGUGUUUUAAGUGUU